AUGGCGUUGUUUGUUUUCCUUGCUGCACUCGUGUUAGUAGCCACAGCAGAUCAUGACUCCGGUCAGCCAGGUCAUCAAUCAGGUUUUCUGAGCAUCGACUGCGGUGUCGGCCCAGUCGGCGACCGCAGGGACACCCGCACAGGCAUCGAAUACGUCUCCGACGGUCUGUACGUCGACGGCGGCGAGAACCACAGGAUUGCCUCCAAUCAAAGUGCUAACGACGAGUCCCUGAAAACUCUGAGGAGCUUCCCGUCCGGAGUACGGAGCUGUUACACGCUCCCAACCGAGGAGGGUACGAAGUAUCUGGUGCGGAUGGUGUUCAACUACGGGAAUUACGAUGGCAAGGCGCACAGCCCGUCGUUCGACAUCCACCUGGGCAACAACUACUGGGACACGUUCCUCAACAGGGAUUACUGGUGGUCCGAGGCGAUCUUCGUCGCAUGGGCGAGCUGGGUGCCGGUGUGCGUGGUGAACACCGGCGGCGGCACGCCGUUUGUCAGCACGGUGGAACUGAGGCCACUGAAUUCCUCCCUUUACCCUGACGCCACCGUCGACGAGUACAUAUCCACGCAUGAAAGGACAAAUCUGGGCGCAGACCAUAAUAUACGGUAUCCGGACGAUCCAUAUGACCGCAUUUGGGAAUGGAGCACCAGCUCGUCAUUGGCGAACAUUUCCACCGAACAGACCAUCCAGCAGGAUGACUUGUUCCAAGUUCCCAUCCCCGUUCUUCAGACAGGUCUCGCUCCUGUCAAUAAUGGCACGGCGAUGAGCUACAUAUGGGACACGUACCAGAGCUCGUUGGGGGUUAAGAUGAUCCUACACUUUGCCGACAUACAAAACAGGCAAGUCCGGCUGUUUGAUGUCCACUUCAACGGCAUGGUGCACCAGAACUACAGCCCUCCUUACCUGUCCGCUGGAUACCUGUACAAUACUGAUUGGUAUAGGAGUACAGACGGCAACUACAAUAUCACUAUUCAAGCCACCAACAAAUCCAUGCUCCCUCCGAUGAUGAACGCAUACGAGAUCUACAACCGCAUCCCCCACGACACCCCGAGCACGUUCUCCAAAGACUUCGAUGCAAUGAUGGCUAUCAAACUUGAGUAUGGAGUAAAGAGAAACUGGAUGGGCGAUCCAUGCUUUCCAGUGAAAUUUGCAUGGAAUGGCGUGAAAUGUAGCAAUAUAACUAAGAACACUACGAGGAUAACAUCUCUGGAUCUUUCCAAUAGUAACUUGAAUGGAUCAAUAUCUGAUAACUUCACAUUGCUCACAGAACUCCAAUUCCUGGAUUUGUCUGGCAACAAUAUGAAUGGCCCAGUUCCAGACCCCCUCUGUAAAAGGUCUACAGGUCCUCUCAAUUUCAGGUAUGAAUCUGACAAAAACAUGUGCAACAAAACAAAAAGUCCGUCUCGCUCAAAAAAUAGAACAACUAUAAUAUCUAUUUCGGUAGUGGUUUUCAUGGUGGUAGUGGUUGGACUUGUUCUUUCUUGUUUAAUCUGGAGAAGGAAAAGAAAGCCCAAAGUCUCUACAUAUGAUGCUCCAAGGCCGGCAAAACCUCAUACUGCUCCAGUAAGUAUAACAAGUAAAGGGGAUCACUUGCACAAUUCUGAAAAUCGCCAAUUCACAUACAAGGAGUUGGAGAAGUUAACAAAUAAAUUUGAACGUUCCAUUGGGCAAGGAGGGUUUGGGCUCGUGUACUAUGGUCGUUUAGAAGAUGACACUGAAGUUGCUGUCAAGAUGCGAUCUGAACAUUCAUCGCAUGGUCUUGAUGAGUUUUUAGCAGAGGUCAAUAGCUUGACAAAGGUGCACCACAGAAAUCUAGUUUCUUUGGUUGGUUACUGCUGGGAGAAGGAUCAUUUAGCACUCGUUUAUGAGUACAUGUCUGAAGGAAGUCUUACUGAUCAGUUGAGAGGAAAAACUGGUGUUGGCAAAACCUUGGGUUGGACCACACGCGUACAAAUUGUUCUUGAAUCAGCACAAGGUCUGGACUAUCUGCACAAGGGAUGCAGCUUACCAAUAAUUCAUCGAGAUGUGAAAACCAACAACAUUCUCUUAGGUCAAAAUCUUCGAGCGAAGAUAGCUGAUUUUGGACUUUGCAAAACCUAUCUCAGUGAAAUGCAGACUCACAUAUCAACUAAUGCAGCUGGAUCAGCGGGUUACAUGGAUCCUGAGUACUACCACACUGGAUGGCUAACCGAGAGCAGUGAUGUUUAUAGCUUUGGUGUUGUUCUACUUGAGGUAGCCACCGGUGAGCCUCCAAUAUUACCAGGCCAUGGUCACAUCGUUCAACGUGUGAAACAAAAGAUUGCUACUGGUAACAUCAGCAUGGUGGCUGACGCUAAGUUGAGAGGUGCCUAUGAUGUCAACUCCAUGUGGAAACUUGUCGACACUGCCAUGGCUUGCACAGCUGAUGCUUCUAUCCGAAGGCCAACAAUGGCUGUCGUGAUGGCACAGCUGAAAGAGAGCCUUGCGUUGGAGGAAUCUCGCGAGGAUAAUAGCAUCCAGGGUAGCUUCACGAGUACUACUGGAGGCCCGGUUUCAACAUUUGGUCCAUCAGCAAGAUGA